AUGCAGAGAAAGAACUUCACAGAAGUGGCAGAAUUCAUCUUCCUGGGUUUCUCUACCUUUGGAAAGCACCAGAUAACCCUCUUUGUGGUUUUCCUUACCAUCUCCAUUUUCACCCUGGCUGGGGACAUCAUCAUUGUGACCAUCAUUUGCAUUGACCUUCACCACCACAUACCCAUGUACUUCUUCCUGAGCAUGCUGGCUAGUUCUGAGACCGUGUACACAUUGGUCAUCAUCCCACGAGUGCUCUCUGGUCUUAUUUUUCAUAACCAGCCUAUCUCCUUGUAAGGCUGUGCAACCCAGAUGUUCUUUUCUGUCAUCUUGGCCACUAAUAAUUGCUUCUUGAUCACAGCUAUGGGCUGUGACUGCUAUGUGGCCAUCUGCAAACUCCUGAGGUACACAGUCCUCAUGAACAAAGGAGUGUGUGCUAGGUUAGUCUGUGUGUCCUUUGGCACUGGUCUGGUUAUGGCAGUUCUCCAUAUAAUGGCCGUGUUCAAUUUGCCCUUCUGUGGCAUUUACCCAGUCAUGAAACUUUCUUGCAUUGAUACCACUAUCAAUGAGAUUAUCAAUUAUGGUGUAAGUUCAUAUGUGAUUUUUGUUCCUGUGGGCCUGUUCUUCACCUUCUAUAUCCUCAUUAUCUCUUCCAUCCUGAAGAUACCUUCAACCAAGGGCUGGAAGAAGAGCUUUGCCAUAUGUGCCUCCCACCUCACUGUGGUCAUGGUCCACUAUGGCUGUGCCUCCAUUGCCUACCUCAAGCCCAAGUCAGAAAGCAAAGAAAAAGAUCUUCUUCUCUCUGUGACCUACACCAUCAUCACUCCUCUGCUGAACCCUUGUUUACAGUCUGUUGUUGUUUACAGUCUGAGGAACAAGGAGGUCAAGGAUGCCCUAUGCAGAGCUGUGGGCAGAAACACUUCUUAA